CUGCUCAGAAAGACAAGGCUGGGCAAUCGGGUCUGCAGCCCGCCCCAAGCUGCCGCGGAGCUGCCGGGUUAAACCUAGGCUGUGCAGCUAAGGUAGAAGGGGGAUAGGGGUAAGCCAAGGAAAUCGAGGACCCAGCGCAGUGCCGCUUUGUGCCCACCCCUCAUCUCCCGGCACCAAGGCUGCUCGAGCUCAGGGUUUUUUACUUGUCCCCGCCAUCUCCCAGUCUCUGGCCCAACAUGAUAUUGACUAAAGCUCAGUACGACGAGAUAGCCCAGUGCCUAGUGUCUGUACCUCCCACAAGGCAGAGCCUGAGGAAGCUGAAACAGAGGUUCCCCAGUCAAUCGCAGGCCACUCUGCUGAGCAUCUUCUCCCAGGAGUACCAGAAACAUAUUAAAAGAACACAUGCCAAACAUCAUACUUCAGAAGCGAUUGAAAGUUAUUACCAGAGGUACCUGAGUGGAGUGGGGAAAAAUGGAGCUGCCCCAGUGCUCCUGGAGCUGGCCAAUGAGGUGGACUAUGCACCCUCAUUAAUGGCUCGGAUUAUACUGGAGAGGUUUCUACAGGAGCACGAGGAAACUCCACCCUCCAAGUCUGUUAUAAAUAGUAUGCUGCGGGACCCUUCUCAGAUUCCAGAUGGAGUUCUAGCAAAUCAGGUCUAUCAGUGCAUUGUGAACGACUGCUGUUAUGGACCACUGGUGGACUGCAUCAAACAUGCCAUUGGUCACGAGCAUGAAGUCCUGCUGAGAGACUUGCUCCUGGAGAAAAACCUGUCCUUCCUAGAUGAAGAUCAGCUCCGUGCAAAGGGUUAUGAUAAAACACCCGACUUUAUUUUACAGGUACCAGUUGUAAUGCUUUGUCCCUUAGCUGUAGAAGGGCGCAUAAUUCACUGGAUUGAAAGCAAAGCCUCAUUUGGUGAUGAAUGUAGCCACCACGCCUACCUGCAUGACCAGUUCUGGAGCUACUGGAAUAGAUUUGGGCCAGGCCUAGUCAUCUAUUGGUACGGAUUUAUCCAGGAGCUGGACUGUAACCGGGAGAGGGGCAUCCUGCUCAAAGCCUGUUUCCCCACGGACAUCGUCACCUUAUGCCAUAGCAUAGCCUGACCCCAAUGAUCCUGGAAGAGAAGCUGGGAGGAAAAGGUGAAUCCGGAAGCAAUUUUACUUUCCUGCAGCGUCAACUCCUGGCAACAUCUGCCCUGAACUCCAGCUGAACUCUUGCUGCUCGUGGUCACACCACUACCUCUUUAGACAAACAUAUCAAGAGUUUCUGUUUUCCUUCAUCCCUUGCUGAUGUGAACAGCCAAGAACUACAGACACAAACCACUCAUUAUCAGCAUUUCUGUCUCUGUCAAACAGUUAGUUUAUAGAUAGUCAUAAUCUUUCUUCCUUCCGGAUGGUUUCUCCUUGAAUACUGAACAAAAGAAAAAAUGUGGACUGAAAGGUGUGAUUUUUCAAUUCUCCUCCCAGUUACCGAAUCACCCUCUUUUUUUUUUUUUCCUAAGCUUCCAUUCAUUCUCUCCCCCUCCCCCUUUCUCUUCACGUACAUACACUCACAGAUACCCAGUGUUGCAUUACCGUCAUGGAAUAAUCUAGCACAAUCCUAGCAAAGCUGAAGACAUAAAGCCUGAAACUAAAAUUUCACCCUCACCUGCAGGGCUCCAGUAGACCUCAAGGACAGCCUGGGCUGCAUGCUUGUUUUGUCCAGUCUUAACAGUUUCCUGACUUCUUAAGCCAAGCUGAAAAAUAUACUUGAUGAGAAUUUCCUCUUUUUAUAAUACUUAUUUGAACACCAAACAUUUUCCAUUUAUCUCACUUGAAAGUAUUAGUUACAUUGUGUUUGGAAACCACACUUCUGCAUUGGCUUGGGGGCCGAGGGGUGACACUCGAAGCUCGGUGCCAGCUCUGACAAGAGUUUAUUUUUAAACAGGGCUAGUUGUCAGUAUGUAUGAUAGCAUUUUUAUGAGUCAAAUUUUUUAAAAGCACAUUCUGUACGCUCCUUUUUAUCUGCGUUUUAUACCACGUAAUUAUAUAACACUCAAAGAAUUUAGGCAUUAGAAAUGUUCGGCUUGAAUGAAUGAAGUGUACCGAAAAUAAACCUAGUGUGACUUUCAAUAGGCAAAAUAAAGGAGAGUUUGUAUUUGUUCACUUUAAUUUAUUCACUUUUUAUGCUGCGAAUCAAAUUUCAAUCUGAAGCAAAACAUCAACAAAGUCAUUAUAAGACUAUCUUUGAAGAAGUUAAAGGUUAAUCGAUACCCAAAAAUGUAUUUAGUAAAAUAUUUGCCCCUAUGUUGACAAAACAUAAUGACUUGUAUAAUGCUGAAUUGGUGAGCUUGGAAAUAUUAAUAAAAAUGUAAGUUUUUACAAACACGUUUAAGUUA